CGCAUCGACACGACGGCGUUUCGUGCUCUCCAUAUACAUCGCUUCCUCAUCGAUACACCUUCCAAAUCGAGAUUUGCAACCCAAAUAGCCAAAUUUAUACAUCGACGAUUCUCACAGACUCAUCGCCAUCACCUAAAACCCUAACAAAGCACACAUUAUUACACACACAAACACAUACUUUUUUUUUUGUAAUGUCGAACAAUCAACGAUUCAAUAACAGGAGUUUGCCCAACAAAACCCAGCAACAGAGAUUCGUACCUAAAGCGGCAGCGUCCCAAACUCACAAUUCGAAGCCGACGCUCUCCGAUUCUCUUCGGCAACAGCAGCAGCAAUCAUCUUCAUCCGGUACCAGUAAAAGUUCCAGUGGGCAGCGUGGGAUUCAAGCUGGCAAUUUUAUAAGUUACUUGCCGCAGGACGAGGCGGUUGCGGCGGGUCUAGGGGUUGCGGAAGGGGGUCUGGAUCCUGUGGAAUCUCAGGGAGUUGUUGAUUUGUUGAAUAGAGAGUGCUCUAUCUUGCUCAAGUUAAACCCCAAAGAUUUUUGGAGAGAAGUGGCUAGUGAUACUUCUCUUCAUGCUUUUCUGGAAAGUUUCUUGAAGUACAGAAGUAGAUGGUAUGACUUUCCUUAUCGUGGCGCCAAGGGAAUAGUUGCAGGGAUGAUUGUUGGCGAGCAUGAGCUAAGCAGGCGCGUAUUCAUGAUUCUCUAUCGCAUAUCUUCAAAUCGGGACCCUGGUGCCAAGGCUUCUGAUAGUCUUAGUUCAAAAGAUCAUGCAGUCAUUUUGCAGGAAAAGAAGUUGCUUGACUUGCCUAAGCUGCUAGAUAUUUGUGCAAUUUACGGUCAUGAGAAUGAAGACUUGACAAAGUUAAUUGUUACAAAUGCAAUAAAGGCCCAACCUUCGAUCCAUGAUAGCUUCAAUGCUGUUGUUUCUCAUUUUCUUAACAUAGUUCAUACCAUGUAUGAGCGAUGUAGCACAUCCUUAGAGGUUUUAUUGUCAUCUCAUAACGCCCAAGAUGAUGGUCUAACACAACUUCACUCUGACUAUCUUGAGGUAAUGGAUUUUAUAAAUGAUGCUAUUGUAUCAAUGGAUGCUUUGGUUGCUGCUUACAACCAUGCUGCUGUCUUUUUCUCCUGCCCUGUUGAAACAAGUUUCGGAAGCGAUGAAUUGGUUAAAAUUCUUGCAAGAUUGCAUGAUUCAUUGUUGCCAAAUCUGCAGCGGGGGUUUAAAAUACUAUUUUCAUCAAAGAAAAAUGGAAAUGAAAGCAUCUCUUCAGAGAUGUUACCGAAAGUUGUGAUUAGUUUGAAGAUGUUAUCAUCUCGAAUUGUUGAUUUUUGUUUGAAGUUAGUGAAUUUGUGUUACUUAAAUGAAGAAUUGUUUGUAGAAAGUGCACGUCUUCCAUUUGCCUCAAAGAUUUUUCCUGCCCAAGUGGAAGAUCCAGUCAUCAGGGCAGAUAUUUUGGUUCAGACAUUUCGUGAAAUUAGUGAAGAAUGUUCAAUUGUUCAAGAAGAAAGGAGUGUAAAUUCUUUGCUUCAAAGUGUUGAAAAGAAAUACCAAUUGAUGGAUAGACUUCAGCUCCUAGUGAAUGAAGGUUGGAUCUCACUAGACAAGGAACAAUUCCAUCAAGGCUUCAUUUCAGCAUGUCUCGAAGUAUACAACCAAAACCCUGAAGAAGUCAUUCAAAGAAUUCUAGAAGGAACACUUCAUAGUGACCUACUUUCACUGGACCCCACCCUACCCAUACCCCCACCCCACCCCACCCCACCUCCCCUCCCCCAAAACGAUAAAGGAAAAGGAAAACUAAUCGAACUUACACCACCAACACCCACAAAAUUAAUGGGCCCGAGCCCAGGCCCAGGCCCAUCUUCAACAUCAUCUUCUUCAAUUGGGAGAUUCAUUAGAAAGUCAAAUACAAACAAACCGGAUUCUGAAAUUCUUAACACAAAAGAUGAAGCUUCCAAGACUUUUGCACUUCAAUCUGUUGCUGAGUAUGAAGAUGAGUAUGAUGAUUCUUUUGAUGAUCUUGGAUUAAGUGUUGUGGAUUCCGGACUUGAUGAUUACACUGCGAAUUAUAACGAGGCUAAUAUCGUAAAUCAAGCGCAGAAAGAAACGAUUCAUGGGCUUGGGCGUGGUGGUAAUUUACCAUUGGGUGCUGUACAAAAGGUGGUGGAAAUGAAUGAUGUGGUAGGAGGACGGGGGAAUGGGGAUUCGGUGAGGAGGGGUAACAAGGGAAAAGACAAUAAUGCCCCUGUGAGAACGAGUGAUGGGGUGAAUCGAGGGAGGGGAUGGGGUAGGGGUAAUGUUGGAAAGGAGCAAAAUGUGGUGGAAGGGAAUGACGGGGAGGAUGGGAAUGAGAGUGGGGGUGGUGGUGAACGUGGAAGAGGAGGGAGGGGGAGAGGGAGGAGGGGUGGUGGUGGUGGUGGUGGUGGGGGAGGAGUAAUCAUUACAGGAAAGAUCAAGCUAUGA